UUUCCUCUUUUAUUGAUCCCUGGCAACUUGAUUUACAAAUGGCGGAGGUUUAAGCGAUAUUGACAAACGGUGUUAUUACACGGCGUUCAACGUGCUAAACACAAUGGAUAAUUGAACGUUCAAUUUGUGUGUAACACGCUAUGGCUGUAUAUGAAGAUUUCUAGUUUUCAUUGUAGACUGAAAGAGUCUAGAGUCGUAAGAAACCGACCUUUAACGGGCACCUGUUAAUUGCUGUUCUAAUCUCGCCGCCGAAAGUCUCGAGAUGUCAACCACCACUACCACACCAACGGUGGCGACAUCCGGGAAACUGGACACCACCAAAACCCCGGACAUGUUAAAGUCCUCGCGGAGCAAGACUCCCGAGAAAGAAAAAACAGGCUUGUCUCGCGGAGUUACCUUUCUUGCUUCGCCUACAAAAUUGUCUAGAAAUUUAAAACCUGAACGGGAGAAAAGUUUACAACAGAUUUUGAAGGCGGUCUCUAUUGACAAUAAACUGGAGAAUCGUCUGACCAUGAAGGACCUAGCCAAGCUCCAGAAAGCAUUCAUGACAGAAAACUUACAACAGGGGAUGGAUAUGGAUUCUGUCACAGCGACCGGACAAGUGACGGAGGGGGACGGCUACGACAACAAGCUGGCACUGUACCGUGACAUGUUCUGUGAGGCGCUGUCCAUCCUCCUCGACAAGGGGACGCGCGAGGAGUAUGGCGAACUCUUUGAUAAGGUCGACGUCGCAAAGGAGGGGACUGUGGACUGGGACAAGUUCGCAUCGCACAUGCUGCUCGAGUUCUACGAGAGGGACGACCGGGUCAAGUCAACGCAGGUACCUCAGUGGAAGGACCUCAAAAUGUUACAGACCCCUCACAAAGACAUAGUGCAGCGAGUGCAGUACCUUAAGAGCAGUAACCGCUAUGUGUCCAUCAGUAAGGAGGGUACAGUGGGUAUCUGGGGGCCGGACCUGAAGCUGUCCCGCUCAUUUCGGAUCGCCACUGACUCGUGUAAGGCCCGCGACCUGUGGGUGACCCACUUUGUGGCACUACAGAACAUCAACAAAAUUGCAGUCGCCUUCACCAGCAAGGAGAUAGCUAUCUACGACAUGGGGAACAAGCUGGAGUUUAACUGCCAAUAUAAAGUUCAGGGAAUGGAGUUCACUCCCCUCUGCCUAGAUUACUGGUACAACCCAAAAGAUGCUAAUGAGGCCAUCUUGUGCUGGGGAGAUGUAGGUGGAUAUGUUAACUGUCUGUUCUUCAACUCCGCAAACAUCGCUCUGUUUGAGAGACCGCCUGCUCCGGCCGGCGAAAAACAAGAGCCCUGCCUAAAUGUUAAUCUCCAGGAUGUUGGAAAUGAGACGCUGUUCAAGAAUGAGACAUACACGAGACACGAAGCUCACAGAAAGGAGUGGGUCAGACAAGUAAAAUACGCCCACUAUCUGGAGUGUUUCAUCAGCUGUUCCACAACCAGCACUAACUCUAUGGUGAUCGGUUGGAUGGAGAAAAAGACAGGAGCAACUACAAAGGAUCAGGGAACAAGCAAGAAGAUUCAAAGAGUCUCCAACUUUAACAUCUCCCAAGGAGUAAACACAUUUGAUUACAACCAACACUUAAACAUCAUAGCCACCGCGGGAGUGAACCACCACGUCUGUCUGUGGAACCCCCACAUCGUGUCCAAACCUAACGGCGUCCUCCGUGGACACAUGGCCAGCGUGAUUCAGGUCCAGUUCAUCAAGAGCCGCGGUCAGCUGAUCAGCUUCUCCAAGGAUAAAGUACUCAGAAUCUGGGACGUACAGCUACAGGUGUGCAUACAGAGGCUGGCCGGGAUGUUCCCUAAAGGACCCGAAGUGGUGAGCACACUGUUCUUUGACGAGGAGCGUGACCGCUCAGGCAUGGAGAGGAACAAGAUGUUGAUCACGUUCAACUACCAGAUCACGCUGAUGGAGAUGAAGACUGAGAACCGCGACAAAAUCAUGUCACAUGACAAGCCUGUCACCGCGGCAAUAUACAACUCUGUGUUUAAUCAGGUGAUCAGUGUAUGUCAGGCGGGGACCCUGAUAGUGUGGAUGAUUGACACAGGUCAAAAGGUCAAACAGUUCAACAACACCCACGCCAACGCAGAGGUCACCUGUUUGGCCCAGGAUCCAACAGAGACGAAGCUGUUCACAGGAAGCACUGACGGAACUGUCAAGGUGUGGGAUUUUAACGGCCAUUGUUUCCACACCUUGGAGUGUGCAGGGGGACAGCCGGCAGACGUAGGACAGAUCCUGAAUCUGAAGAGGAGUGUGGUGGUGGUGGGAUGGACCAAACAGAUCACGGUUUUCCCCACGUCCUCGUUCAAAGAUUUCCACGUACAACCUGCAGAGUGGAAGGGAGGAAAGGAACACAGCGAGGACAUCCUGUGCUGCGCAUUCACUGGACCGAAUCAUUUGGCCACAGGAAGUUACGACGGGGAGAUUGUGAUAUGGAACACAAACUCUGAGCACAUUUCACGCCGCCUGAAUCAGAGAUCUCGCCGUCUGCUGGUCAAGUCUCGACAGAAGUCGUUUAUGCAGGCUAGAAAAGAGUCUGCAAAUUCCCAGAGAUCUGUGUCCAAAGCCUCACAAAAGAGCGGGAAAAGUCAGACGAGUGGAGCAGAGGACACGAAUGAGUUUGGACUGGCCAUUGCUAAGCUGAUUUUCUUGGACACCAGGAAGGGGAAUUCAGCAGGGGGCGGGGCCAACCUGAUUUCUGGGGGAGGGAAUGGCUGGGUGCGGUUCUGGAACACCUCUCACUCCAAGCUGAUUGGAGAGUUCGUGGCCCACCAACAGUCUGGCAGUAUUUUGAUGGCAACAGACAAAAAGAACCGUUAUAUGGCCACAGGAGAUGUGGAUGGAGUGAUCAAAGUGUGGGACAUCUCAGAGUACUGUGUUCAGGCCUCAGAAGACGUCAUAACCACCGCUCCACCCAUGAAGUGCCAGUUCCAGGCUCACUCAGACAUGAUCAACACACUCGAGAUGUGUGAGAGAAACGAGCGAGUCCUGGUGAUCUCGGCCUCCUCAGACUGUAGUGUGGCCAUGUACGACGUGCUCGGUAACAUGAUUGGGAUAUUUGGUCAGGAGGAGCACUGGAAGAUCGAGCACUACAACCCGGCCGAGGAGAUGGUGGAGGAGUCGGAGAGUGAGCAACAAGCUGUUCCUGAGGAGGAAAUUGAGGAGAGCAAAGACUACGAGGUGGAGGAAGUUGUUGAAGAGGACAACUGGGAGCCGGACGAACGGGCGAUCACCGACCCCGAGGGAUUCCGCAUCAACACUUGGGACAACACACUGCUAGGUAAGAAUUACCAGGAGUUGCGUGUACAGAAGAGGGAGAGGAAGCAGCCGAGUACGAUCCCAGACCUACCCUACCUCCACUGGGAGAGGACCGGCCACGCCCCCGCCGGACCCUACUCUUCAUUGGACACCCAGGUGAUACAGGACUUUGACCCGCCGAAGAAACCCAACAUGUCCUACACGGAGACCGUGUCCCAGGCCUCCAACCUCCCCAAACUUCCUAACCUUGUGGACACUCUCAAACAGCCAGUCCCUGAGAAGGAGAUCUUCCCCAAGUACAUCCUGGACUUUGAGGCCAAAAUGAAGGACUACCACCGACGACAGCUCAGUCAGGGAAACUCCAAUAACGCGCCUGGUUUACUGGGACUGAAGGGUAAGCUAGGAGCAGGAAUGGCCAAGUCCAGCCUACAGAGUAUCGGCCUACAGCUGGGGAAACAGGUGCUCAAUGUUCCCUCCAAACCCACAAAGUCCGUCAAGAGCAUGAAGGUGCGGUCUGUGUCACGGAGGACCUCCAUAGUGUCUACAGAGGCCUCACAGGCCUACUGAGGUCACCCGGGACCUCAAGGGGGAACCUCACCAGAAAACUCACUCACUGGAAAUCACCAAUCUCACAGGACACAAACUCAAUAUACAAAAAACUGCUGAUGGUUUAUAGCAUUACAGGCAACACCCAGAAUAUGUACAUUUGAAAAUGGCAAUUAACAGUGGAAGAAUUGUAAAGAUAUUAACCUACCAAAUAUAGGGUUCUGUGAAUUUGUAUCAUAUGUGAAAGCAAAGAGUAAGAACAUUACAUGUACUGUGAAAAAACAAUACUGAACAGUGGAGACUGUGGUGAAUUCUUAACACUAUGUGUUUGAAAUUGGAACAACAGAAGGAAGUAUUUUUCGGAAUAUUGAAAGAAGUAUUCAUAUAACAGAUACCCAAAACAAAGGCUCUGAGAAAACGGUUUUCCACUGCUUGUUGUCAAAGACUGUUGACAGUUAUACUCUGUAUAUUUCAGGUGUUGAUACUACAAGAAUAGUGACUAAUGAUACAAUGUUUCUGUACAUAAUUAAUUACAUUGUUCUUGCCUAAUGAGAAAUAAGGGACUUAAACAUGUUGAUAUUAAGUCUUAGCCUCACUGUGAUAGAGAGACUUAAAAACAAAGAGUGAAAUGCAUUUAUAUGUAAGAAUUCAUAUUGUUGUUGAAAUCUAUUUUUUAAUUUCCAACUCGGUACUUCCUGUUUGUUUGCAUUCUUCAACCAUACCGCCGCUGUGUAUGAACCAUACCGCCACUGUGUAUGAUUUAAUGAUGUGUUGGUACAAGCAGUUAAAGGCUUGUUCCACAGUGAUGGUUAAAUAGGGAUUUCUCAUUAAUCCCAGUAUUCACUUCGCACUCAGACAUAAUAGUUUUAUUCCUGUAUUGAACCGACUCUUCCUUCUGUUGCAAUAACUGUGUUGACUUUGACUGUAUGUGGUGUAUAUUAAUAUGAUCGUGCAUGGUCUUUAAUUACUUCUGUGUGUACAUGAUGAUGUUUUGUUCUCUGUGGAUGUAUCGAUACAACUGUUGAUAUGUUGAUCGAUGUUUGUGGAUAUAUUGAUACAACUGUUGAUAUGUUGAUCAAUGUUUGUGGAUAUAUUGAUACAACUGUUGCAUUCUACUGUGAUAUUUUAUUUGUACAAAUUGAUGAAGUGUUUUGUAAGAUAAAUGUCACCAUGAGAAAUGAA